AUGGACGACGAGAUCAGGAAGUCGCCUGUUCAGGAGGACCCUGGCAGCAUGAACAACGCUGUAGAUCGCAGUCUUGAUCAGACCAGCUUGAGCGAUGCCGACAAAGACCGCGCAAAGGCGCUUGUGCAGCGAGUCGGGCACCGCGUCGAGCUCACUCCUGAGAACAACAAGCGCAUCUUCCGCAAGAUCAACAUCCGCAUCUUACCAGUCAUCCUCUUCAUCUACUUCCUCCAAGCACUGGACAAAGCAACGCUCGCCUAUGCCUCAGUCUUCGGACUCAUCGAAGACACCCACCUCGUCGGCUUGCAGUACAGCUGGCUCGGUUCUGUUGUCUAUGCUGCCCAGCUAGUUGCUCAGCCAGUAGUGGCCUACAGCCUGGUCAAGUUCCCACUAGGGAAAUUUCUGGCUGGGACAGUCUUUGCGUGGGGAGCGACCCUAACAUGUAUGGCCGCAGCACAUAACUUCGGAGGGCUCCUGACUGCAAGGUUGUUCCUGGGCUUGUUCGAAGCUGGUGUCGCACCUGCUUUCAUCGCGGUCACACAGAUGUGGUGGCGGCGACGUGAGCAACCUGUGAUUCUAGCAUCGUGGUAUGCCAUGAACGGCGUGACGAAUAUGCUCGGCAGUCUGAUCACCUACGGUCUGGGACAUAUUGACAGCUCGUUGAAGGAGUAUCAGAUCAUCUUCCUAUUCUUCGGACUGAUCACCACCAAUAUACUCAAUGAGGAAGAGAAGCUGAUAGCGAUUGAGCGGCUGCGGGCGAACCAGAUGGGUAUCGAGAACUAUACUUGGAAGUGGGAGCACGUCAGGGAGGCCGCUGUUGAUCUCAAGACUUGGUUGUGGUGCGCGAUGCUGUUCAGCAUUUCAGUGCCAUCCGGCGGUGUGUCGACGUUUGGGCCACUCAUCGUCCAGUCCUUCGGGUACAAUCGUUUCGAGACGAUACUGUUCAACAUACCUUUUGGGGCUGUGCAGCUCGUAGCGACACUGCUCAGCGCUUAUGUUGCCACAAAGAUUCGGCGCAAGGCACCUGUAUUGGUGUUCUUGUCGGUCAUCCCGAGUGUUGGCUGUUUGAUGUUGCUCUUUUUGCCACGCGGUGCUGGCCACAAGGGCCCGUUACUUGCCGCAUACUAUAUCAUCUCCGUAUAUCCAGCAAUCACGCCGUUGAUAUACAGUUGGCAAGCCGGCAAUACGGCAGGCGAAACCAAGAAGAAGACAACAACAGCCGCGUUGAUCAUCGCUCAGUCGGCGGGUAAUAUCCUUGGACCGAAUCUAUACACACCAGCAGAGAAGCCACUGUACCGCCGGGGUCUGAUCUCAAAUCUGGUGCUGUUCCUUGUUCUUAUCGUGCUAUAUGCUGCACAGUGGUUUUACCUGCUCUGGCGGAAUCGCAAGCAAGCCUCCAAACGGAACGCAAUGGGAAAGAAUGCUGACAUAGUUGACACAUCGAUGGCCAAGAUCAAAUCCGAGCUUCCGGAUGCCGAGAAGCAUGAAAGCGUACAGGAGAUCGAGAGGGAUAAGUCAUUGGACGACCGGACGGACUUCGAAAACGAGGACUUUGUGUAUACGUACUAG